GAGAGCUAUAGCGCCCGGAAAGUGAUUAGUGACUCGCUUCAUCUUCAACAACCAGCAAGCAGGCAAGGCAAGAGAGAAAGCAAGCAAGCAAAGAUGUGCGGUGGUGCGAUCCUCGCCGAGCUCAUACCGAGCACGCCGGCGCGCCGCGUCACCCCGGGCCACCUCUGGCCCGCGGCCAAGCAGCAGAGGGCCGACGACUUCGAGGCCGCAUUCCGGGAGUUCGACGGGGACUCCGACGAGGAGGUGCAGAGCAAGCCACUCGGGUUCGACGCUUCCUCCGCCGGCGCCGCGACCAGGAAGCUGAGGAGGCAGCAGGAGGAGCUGCUGGCCGCGCCGGCGCCGAGCAGGCGCCGCAAGGCGGCGCAGUACAAGGGCGUCCGGCGCCGCCCGUGGGGCAAGUGGGCCGCCGAGAUCCGCGACCCCGUCAAGGGCGUGCGCGUCUGGCUCGGCACCUUCUCCUCCGCCGAGGCGCCCGCAGUCGCCUACGACACCGCCGCGCGCAACAUCCGCGGGCCCAGGGCCAAGCUCAACUUCCCCUCGCCCGCCGACGCCGCUCCUGCCGCCGGGCGCAAGCGCGCCCGUGCCGACGAGUUCGUCGACCUCGUCGCCGACGAAGAGGACGGCCAGCAGCGCUGCGCGGCGUCCGGCGUCAAACACGAGAGCGAGACCUCCGAGUCCGGCGGCGCCCUCCCGGACUUCUCUUGGCAGGGCGUGUCGGCGUACGACGAGGCCCCUGCCCCGGUGGCCGUCGAGGCCGAGGACCAGAGCCCACUAACGGAGUGA